AGUUCGUCGUGGCGUCGCCGGUGUCGCAGUAACCGUUAUAUUAUUUUUGGUAGGGGACAGACCGGGUCGGGUCUCGGCCGUGAUAUCGUCUAAAAGCGAGGCCAUAUUUUUUUUUUCCUAAUUCAUUUUGCUGGUCUCACCGGGGAUGUUAUGGAAGAGAGGCGGAGGUCGGACGGGCGGGCUGUCAACGACGUCCGACUGAAACACAGCCCGUCUGUGUGGCAGCCGCGGUUCGGCGUCGUCGCGCUGGUGGAGGCCAUGCUUGGCGCGACCGGGUUCGGCGAGAUCUAGUUAAAAUUCAAUCAUGCCAGGGAAGUUGAAGGCCAGAAUUGUGGCAGGGCGCCACUUGCCCGUUAUGGACAGAGCCAGUGACCUUACUGAUGCUUUUGUAGAGGUCAAAUUUGGAAACACAACGUUCAAAACCGAUGUCUGUCAUAAAUCCCUCAAUCCUCAGUGGAAUUCAGAGUGGUUCAAAUUUGAGGUUGAUGAUGAGGACUUGCAGGACGAGCCAUUGCAAAUCACCGUGUUGGAUCACGACACUUACAGUGCAAAUGAUGCCAUAGGGAAAGUUUACAUUGACAUUGACCCACUGCUGUGCAGUGAGGCUGCCUCUGUCAUUUCUGGCUGGUUCCCCAUCUAUGACACCAUCCAUGGUACAGGAGUCAACUCAUCUGAUGAUAUCAUCAGCUAUAUUUUGGUUCCAGAUACUGUUGUUCCUUGUUGCUGUGUGUCUCUAACCAAUUACUUUAUGUCAGGUAUCCGAGGAGAGAUCAAUGUCCUGGUCAAAGUUGACCUGUUCAAUGACUUGAACCGUUUCAGACAAUCCUCCUGUGGAGUCAAGUUUUUCUGCACUACAUCUAUUCCACGGUACUACCGGGCGGCCAUGGUGCACGGUUUUGUGGAGGAGCUGGUGGUAAAUGAGGAUCCAGAGUACCAGUGGAUCGACCGCAUCAGAACCCCUCGGGCCUCCAAUGAGGCCCGUCAGAGACUCAUCUCACUUAUGUCCGGGGAACUUCAGAGGAAGAUUGGUCUAAAGGUGUUAGAGAUGGGUGGGAACGCCGUGGUGGGCUACCUGCAGUGUUUUGACCUGGAGGGAGAGUCUGGCUUGGUAGUCCGGGCCAUAGGUACCGCCUGUACGCUGGACAAACUCAGCUGUGGAACCGCCCCCAACACCAACACACACAUACAUUCAAACACAGCCCCUGCUUCCAAUGCCUGCAAUUCCCCCUCUAAGGAUGGCAAGGAGCCGGUGUUCAGUGAGGACCUGCCAUCGUCCUCCGGCCCGACCACCCCUUUCAGAGCCCUCCCCACCUCCUCCUCCUCUCCUCCCCCCUUCUCUCCUUCCAAGCCAUGCAGCCGCCAGUCCUCAUCAUCUGACACUGACCUCAGUCUGACGCCCAAAACGGGAAUGGGCAGUGGGGGCAGUGCCGGAAAGGAGGCGGGCCCUCUGAAGACCCUGCUCAGACAGCAGACCCAAACAGCUCUGGAACAAAGGGAGUUCCCCUUCUUCACCCUGACAAGCUUUCCGCCUGGCUUCCUGGUACAUGUUGGGGGGGUUGUCAGCGCUCGCUCUGUCAAACUCCUUGACCGCAUACACAACCCCGAUGAGCCAGAGACCCGGGAUGCGUGGUGGGAAGAGAUUCGCCAGGAGAUCAAGUCUCAUGCCAAAGCUCUGGGCUGCCAUGCCGUGGUGGGAUACAGUGAGAGCACCAGCAUCUGUGAGGAAGUGUGCAUCCUCUCGGCAUCGGGCACAGCAGCCAUCUUGAAUCCUCGGUUUAUGCGUGAGGGCUGUCUGGACAGUGACCACAGGUUUGAGGAGGCAUCUCCCCCAAGCUGCGGCUUCUGUCACAUACCCUAUGAUGAGUUCAACAUGCCCUUUCCCGCCCAGCUCACCUACUGCUACCACUGCAGGCGACAGAAGGUUCCUGAUGUGCUUUUUACAAGCAUUGACCUGCCACCAGAAGCUGCUGUCACCGGGAAAGGUUGCCUCAUCCAGGCCAGGCUUUGCCGUUCCAAGAAGAAGGCCCAAGGAGAGGUGAACGCCACGGCUAUCUCCAACCUGCUGCCAUUCAUGGAGUACGAGCUGCACACGCAGUUAAUGAACAAACUGAAGCUUCGCAGCAUGAACGCUCUGUUCGGCCUGCGGAUACAGAUCAGUGUGGGCGAGAACAUGCUGCUGGGGCUCGCUUCUGCUACAGGAGUGUAUUUGACAGCCCUGCCCGCGCCUGGCGGGAUUCAGAUUGUGGGGAAGACCCCUGGCGACGUGAGCAAUGAGCAGCACAUCCUGGCCAUCCAGAAACAGAUCAGCGACACCAUAACGAAGAAUAAAGAGCUCUACCAAAUAAAUCCCCCGAAAUUAUUUGCCCUGGACCCAGAAGUGUUCCACGGCAUAAACAUGGAGCUGACGGAGGAGUUGGUCGGUUCUCCUAUCCCGGAGCCCAGACAACGCUCCAGACUUCUGCGCUCCCACUCGGAGAGCUCCGAUGAGCUGUCGGAGCUGGACCUCUCCCAUGGCAAGAAAGACGCCUUCGUGCUGGAGAUUGACGACACUGAUGCUGUGGAGGACAUCCACUCCCUUCUCACUGAUGCCCCUCCCCCUGCAGGCUUCUACAGCUGUAACACUGAGCUCAUGCCUGGGAUUUACAACUGGACUUCAGGACUACAGAUGUUUACGUCAGUGCGGGUCUUUAGGUUGAGUAAUGCGACUCUUACCAAUCAGGGUCUGAACAAGAUCUUCAAUGAUCUCUGUGAGAACCUUUUAAAAAGUUUGUACUUCAAGCUGCGUUCCAUGAUCCCCUGCUGCCUUUGUCAUCUCAACUUCACUGUAGCAGUCCCGGAAGAGGAACUUAUCCAGGUUGCAGUGACAGCGGUUGCCAUGAGUUUUGACAAGGACCAUACUCAGGAGAAGCCAGGCGACAAGGCCAUCACCAAAGGAGUUAGCGAGAAUGAAGAGCAGCUGCAGUUUCCCCUGGAGCUGUGCACUGAGUCAUCUGCCAACAAUCAGCCGUUAGCCAAAAUCUCAGGAGUCCCAGAGAAUGCCGCCAUCUCAUCCAGGGCUCCCUCCGUUGAUUACGGUUCCUUUGCAGACAGAUGCAGCACCUGGCUAGAGCUGCUUAGGCUGAAAGCUCACACCAUAAGACGAGGAUCAGUUAAGACAAGUAGGAGGACACAGUCUCUAGCACACUCUGUCUCGUCGUCGGAGCGCUGCAGUCCACUGCCCGAGGGACGUUCCCGCUCACUGCGCUCCACCCGCUCGUUUGGCGGCAGCUCCGUCACCGUGGUGAAGAUGACGCCGCUCUCCUUCCUCCCCGGGACGCGCAUCAUCAAGUACCUUGGGAUCAUCAACAUGUUCUUUAUCAGGGAGACCACGUCACUACGCGAGGAGGGUGGCGUCAGUGGUUUCCUUCACUCAUUCAUAGCAGAGGUGUUCGCCAUGGUCCGAGCCCAUGUGGCAGCCCUGGGGGGCAAUGCAGUGGUUUCCUAUAGCAUGAAAGAAUGUGUGUUUAUGGAAAACCCCAACAAGAACCAGGCUCAGUGUCUUAUUAAUGUGAGCGGGGAUGCCGUCAUCUUCGUCAGAGACACAGAGCAAGAUGCCACGCCCCCUAUGACAAACAGCGGGCAGGCCUCCAGCAGCGGCACUGAUGAGACGACAUAGAACCGAAACAUGCUCGCUCACUGUCCACAGGAUACACAUUCUUCAUGUACACAGUUCGAGUCUAGCCGUCCAAAUAUGAGUUAUUUUUGUCGGCCUUAAGAAUCGUACAAGCUCCGCAGGUUUGGAAGCGAGUAAUUUCACAUAUACAGUCAGCGAGUAGUUGAGGAUCUCCUUGAGUUAGAUUUUUCAUAUUGAAAGAAAGCAUUUCUGCCGAAGUCUGUCUCGUAAGCCACGUAAGGCUGACAGCCACAGCAGGCUCACAUUGCUGUCUCCAGAGUCAAGUCAUCUAAGAGUAUUACAAUGCUUCUGGGUUGAAGCCCUGACAGCGAAACAACCACACUGCAGGUGAGCUUCGCUUUAAUGAUUCAGCCGUCCAACAAAAGCUGCCGUCAUUUUGUCUGCUGGCUGUUUUCAGCUUUCAUUCCACUGGUGAUGCUUAAGGCAGCUAUGACCAAUCUCUGUCCAUCCACAGACGACACAAGUCCAAAAACGACCAUGCUAAUAAGGGAUACAAAGGUGCUUCAUCAUUAAUUAUCUAAAUGUGUUUGGAUAUUUCCUUAAUUUUAGGCUGUGUUCUAGAGCGAUAUUCAUAGUUUAAAAAUCUGUCGGGUUUUAGAGUGGCCAGAGAGUGAUUACCAAAUCCCUCGAAGUAUUUACAUAUUUCAUAUUUUGCCAUGGCUCAAGCAGUUGAGUGGGAAUAUCACCUCUAAAGUUGAAUUUAAAUUUGCCAUUCAUUUGACUGUGAAUGCUUAUAACCCCCCUGCUAAAGCUAGAACCAAGAGAAGAAGAACGAAUCCGUGACGUUGUCAACAUAUGAUUGUUUGACGGUGAAUGGGUGGCGGACCUGGGGUUUUCAAAUAUUUGUUUGAAGACACCCAACUGAGAUUUGAUUCAUUUAAGUACUCAUUUAUAGUUUCCAUUUCAGAACUGCAUGUUCAUGAGAAAUGAUCCUGGUGGCUGUUGUAGCGAUCCUUUAAAGUUACGGUUUCAUUGAUUGGCAGAAACUGCUCCAGAAAGUAUCGAUAAUUCCAUAGCAAAUUGGUCUUUUUUUUUAUACAUUUGGAAACAAAUGAUUUCGAUAUAUCUAUUCAACGUGCAUUGUUCUUAUUCUUAUUACAAUUACCGGCAUAACAGACAAAUUCUGUUUCGGGGUGGAGUUUGCAUUAAGAGCAACAACCAGGCAUUACUUGACAAAGAAGAAAUUAGAAUUUAAUUGCGUGUGUCUCAACAUGGUGACACGUAGCAAAACGGCAUGUUUGUAUAUGCCUUUAUUAACCUCAUGUAUGAAACGAACAGGUCAGUGUUGUCAGGAAGUGGAUUGGAUAUGCAGUAUUAGCCAUGUGAUGUUGCCUUAUCCGGUCCAGCACCAGGGAUAUUUGAUAGUGGCGUCGUCCCGGGUGUCAGCGUAAUUCUGACUAAAGACAAUUUUACGGAGUUCAGUUGUCCGUUCCGUCCCUCUACAGAGGCAACAGCUGACCAGUUGAUGCUCCACUUGCAGCUCUAGGAUCAGCAUCUUCUCUUUCCCCCCAAAUCUGCCCUAAACCAUAAGCAUGAGAAACAUACGUGGGGGGGUGGGGGUCAUAAAUGAGUGUCUGACUUGACUUCCCUUCCCUUUGCCAGGAUACUGUUGCCAUGGCGCUCUUGAGCGAUAGCCCUACGGCAUACUACUGAACUGUCCAAUCUAAUAUUCAUGUCUGAUGCUGGAAACGAAUAUGGCAUCUUCUAGUUUAGGUGCCAUGAGAAAACUUUUAUUAGUGUAAAUCUCUGAAAUCGUAUUUUAGUAUUUUUGUAACAUUGUGAAAUUAUAUUGGUGGACUCAAUGCUCAUUUUGCAUGUGCAAUGAAAUCCUUAUGUUUUGACUCAUAUUGUGUCAGGGGAUUAGCGGUACUCGGAUCCAUUAUGCUAGUUUGUGAUCAGCUUUCUUCUUGGUCUAUGAAACUUGAAUGUAAAUACUUAGACCAUGUUGCUUUGCAACUAGGAGCAUGCAGACCUUCGUUUAUUGCCAUGAUUCUAUAUGGUUGCCUCCUAAGUUUUGCACAAUAAAAUCAGUCAUG